AUUUACAUGUUAAUAAACGCGUAUAAACAUUAUACCAUUUUAUUGAUAGUGUCGAUGUUAAACUGUUUUAAUAAUAGAUCUAAAAUGUUUCUUUCGCCUAGCAACGCAUUUGGAAAUUUUAAAUGGUUUCUUUUCAUUAUCGUUCUAUGUCUAGUCAAAGUUACCACCUUAGACUUUACCAUAUCCAACGAUAAAGUUUUGGAAGGUAGUUCAGGAACAUUGACCAUGAUUUGUCAUAUAACAGAAACAGAUGUUGAUUAUGUUUUCAAUAUACAGAUAUUACGAAUAAAAUCCAAAAGUGUUUCAGAGACAAAUCCCAGUAAUUGGGAUAGCUUAGCUGAAAUGCACUUUGGACAAACCGAGAGACCAAGUUUGAGUCCAGCUAUUAAUGCAAGUGCUAAGGAUUACGUUGCUGGAGGUUCAUGGGGCAAGAUAACACCUGUUAGUACAUAUCUUACACUGUCUAUGAACAUAGAGAAGUUAGUUUGUGAUGAUGCUAGAGCCUACAAAUGUAGAUUGAUUUAUAAAAGCUCUUCAUCCGCAAGUAUUGUAUCUGUUGAAAAUAUGGGCAGUUUUAAAGUUUAUGAUAAGCCUCAAAUAACAUCGUUGAUAGCAAGAAUGAAUGGUAUUCUUGUACAAAAAUCGUCAUCUAUGAAAAUGGUCACGUGUAAUGUAGGAGAUGUUAUAGAGCUCACGUGCACUGCUAACAUAGGAAGUUUACCGGAAACAAUAAUUAGGUGGCGUAGGGCACCAGCAAACACAUCAACAGAUCAGUUUAUCGAUUACCAACCAGCACCGGGUACAAACGAUGAUGGAACUGCAAUCAGUAACAGUCAAUGUGGGUAUACCAGAGUAGCUUCUAUAAGAUAUAAAAUUGAACCAUCAGAUGUUGAUACUGAUAGAGAAAACGACAUUGGAUUUGAGUGUUAUAUAAGUCUAAGUGGAGAUAUUUAUGGAAACUCCUUUGUAACUAAAGACAACCCAAGGUUUCUCGCUGACGCUAAUGAGCUAACGACAUUAAGAAACCCAGUCGACGUCACGAAAGGUUAUAACGAUAUCGAAUUAUCAAUGAGUGGAAUGGUUGGAGCUAUUGUUGUUUCGCUAGUCGUUGGAAUUCUUACUGGCAUGCUUUGUACCUGGAUUGUUCUGUAUAGGAAACGAAAGUCUCAAGGUCAGUCGCAGCAAGAACAACUACACUCUAUACAGGCUCAGGAAACUGUGUUUAAUAACAUUUUAUCAACAUCAAACAUGUACGAGCAACUUCAAAACCGGACAGAAAUGGAAAACAAAGCAAAUUAUGACACUCUGAAAGGCGAUUCUGGUAACAAGAUAAGCAGCCAAACACAUUAUGAGAGACUUCAGCAGGGAGCAAAUGAAUUAUUGUCCUAUGAAACGCUUAACAUACCUAAUAAAAGUGCUUAACGAACAAUUCGCAAACAUCCAAGCUGUUGGUGACAUUAAUGGAAUGAAUAAAAACAUAUAUAAUCAAGAAAUAUCAUUAAUAACCCCUAGUUAACCCAAACAUCAAAUAAAUUUUAAUAUAUUUAGAUCAAAUAUUUCGAUGGAACAAUGUUAUUUGUACGUAAGACUUAUUAAUUGUGAACAUUCAAUUAUUACCAGAAAAUCACUUAAAGAAUAACCCGCGCAACGGGAGCUAUAAGGAACUGAAAAGUUAUUAAUUAACAUGGGUCAGAUAAACACCUUAAAGGACACCUGUAUGCAAAAUUUAAACAAACUUUAUUGUAUGGAAAACGAGUUUUGUCCACUUAUCUGAACUGACGCUUAAAUGUUAGAAGGGCCUUUUUUCGGGAACCAUGUACUAAAUACAUGAAAUUUAUCUAUGUAUUUUCUUUAUGAGCGAUUGAAAAAAUUAUAUAUAGUUGAAUAACUUUAAAUAUAUCAAUAAAGUUAUUUGUAUUGAUAGAACUUAUGUAAAAAUAAAGGUACUUUUAUAAACUUAUUGUGAUGAUCUUCAUUGAGAAUAAUUCAAUGUACCUUGCUUAGAUUUUUUAACUAUACAUCAACAUUUUAAAUAUUUUCAGCCGAUUCUGUUAACAAGAUAAAAAGGUCAGGAGAAUUCAAUACAGUUUUAAUUUGGGAACUUUGUGUAACAACAUUACGUGAAAUUCUAGAACUGCUUCUUGAGUACGAAAUGCACAUGAAUGGCUUUGAAAUACUGAAAUAUUAUAGGAGAAAAUGAUUUCAUUGAAACACGAUUAAUUUUCCAAAUGAUUUCGUGUAUGACAAAUAUGUUUUGUUUCACAAAAUUGUAUGGGUCAUUGUAUUAUUCUAUGCAUUUUAGAAAAAGGCAAUGUGAUUCAUUCAAAACUUUAAAUGUUCUGAUCAAUUUUUGUUUUUAUUUCAGCCAAACACAUUAUGAGAGACUUCAGCAGGGAGUAAAUGAAUUUUCGUCCUAUGAAGCGCUUAACAUACCUAAUAGAAGUGCUUAA